GGUUGAAUAGAUAGAACGCGGUAUUCUUCAUUUGGUAAUUAAUGUAUAUGUAUAUAUACGUAACCUUGGGACAAAUUCCGAUAUGUUGUUCUGGUUUUCAAUUGCCUCUUUUUGCAACUAACUCAUCUCAUAUGGAAGGCGUGUCCUAUCUGUGAUGCUUAUUUGUAGCAGUUCCCUGUCAAUCGCAGUCAAUGAUCCUCUCACUUAAAACAACCAGUUAUCUAAAUUACACACAUAUUCUAUGUGGAAAGAUAACUAUACCUAUAAUCAUUCACUUAUGAACUACGCAUGUUUCUUCGAAGUAAUAGAAACUUCUUCUUCAAAGCUCGAUCUCCCAUUAGGUACUUAAUUGGCGGAAAAGAUCAGAUAAUCACCUAUUCCUUAGCUCAGAGGUUUCGAUACUCAUGCAACAGUAGACACAAGGGGCACUUACAUACAUUCCCACAAGGCUACCACCUUCUACGCCCGACUUUAUCUUCAUUCAAGAGCCACCAGGUAGCAACUAUGGCUACACGUAGAUCGGCUCGGGUAGCAGCGGCAUCUGCAACACAAGAUACCACGAUUACCCCUCCGGUUGCUCCAGCUGCUAAAGCGCCGAGGGGACGAAAAAGGAAAGCGGCGCCAGACAUGUCACAGGAGGACGACUCGAAAGAGAAUCCAGAAGGAAAUGUGGCCCCGGAUGCUCCUACAACUCCCAAAAGGCGUCGUGCCCGGAAACUUGCUGAUCCUCCAGCAACGCCUACACCGAGCAGUGCAAAGUUGAUUAGUGAACCCGCCACAGCUUAUGAGACCCCGAAGCCAAAAGCGGCAGCUGUGAGGCGGCUAGCAGAUCCUAACGCUACCAACGCAACGCUUCUCUCGCCAGAGACAUCCCGAGUCAUAACUAGGGUCAUCCCUCCCUCGACAUCAGCUGGUGAGACCACCACGACCGAUAUCCUCGAAGAAGCGUGCAAGCAUCUUAUAAGCGUUGAUGCGCGAAUGAAGCCGCUGAUAGAGAAGCAUCAGUGCUCAGUCUUCACUCCUGAGGGCUUGAGCGAGAAGAUCGACCCCUUCGAAGCCCUAUGCAGCGGCAUCAUCUCGCAGCAAGUCUCCGGGGCAGCAGCCAAAUCUAUCAAGCAGAAAUUCAUUGAUCUCUUCGCCGAAAACGACGGCAAGUUCCCGCACCCAUCUCAGGUCGCGGUGUACACCAUCGAGCGGUUGCGUACGGCGGGCCUGUCACAACGCAAAGCCGAGUACGUGCAAGGGCUCGCGGAGAAAUUCACCACCGGCGAGCUGAGCGCGCAGAUCCUGGCGGACGCAUCGUACGACGUCGUCUUAGAGAAGCUAAUCGCCGUGAGGGGGCUAGGAAAGUGGUCCGUUGAGAUGUUCGCGUGCUUCGGCCUAAAGAGGAUGGACAUCUUCUCCCUCGGCGACCUAGGCGUACAGAGGGGGAUGGCCGCAUUCGUUGGACGGGAUGUAUCCAAACUGAAGAAAAAGGGCGGUAAAUGGAAGUACAUGUCGGAAGACGAGAUGAAGGAGAUAUCAGAUAGGUUUGCUCCUUAUAGAAGCGUCUUUAUGUGGUAUAUGUGGAAAGCCUCAGACACCGACGUGGCUACGCUGGAGUAAGGCUCUAUAGGUAUACUCGGAUUUGACAAAACCCCUAUUUGAAGCCAUAGGAAAUACUCAAGAUGUAGUUUUAUGUUCAAUAAAUGGUGUGC